AUUGAUAACAAAUAAAGAAUCCUUUGCAUUCGCAUGUGUAGUGUAAGCUUAUUGCAAUUUUUGUAUUGUUUGUGAAGGAAAAGGAGUCAGAUUAUUGGGUUUAUUUUCAUGUAUAAUUUAAAUAAUAAAGAUAGAGCGAUGAUAGAGACAAGGAUUCCAAACAGUUCGGGUGACCAACUUAAUGACGAUGAAAUACUUGGUAGUUUAAAGAAUUUUUCGAAUUGCCUGAAUAUUGUGGAAAAUGACCUGGAUUUGGCAAUUAAAGCGCAUUCUUGCCCAACAUUGUCCACCGAUGAGCACAUCAAACUCGAUACAUACUUGACUUAUGUGAACAGCACGUUGUUUUGGAUGUACCUGAAACUGCAGGGAUCUGAUUUAUCAAAGUACAUUUUACAUGAUUUGAAUCGAGCAAAAGAGAUGUUAGCUCGCGAUAAACAAAUAAAUGAUUCAAAGUCAGCGCCACACUUGGACAUUGCUGCAAGUAUACGAUUUAUUGCUGCUGGAUUGCACACACGCUUUGUAGAUAUGGAUGGUGUAAUUGUCACUGAGGCACAAUAUAAACGUAGCCUGGCGGAAGCGAGCAGUAAAAAUUAAUUAGGAGUUCAUUCAUAGAGUUUACAAUGUUAUUGUAUAAUGCCUUAAAAUAAAAUUUAAAAUAAUUUACUUA